GGUGCUCGUGUUUCCCUGGAGACGGACUUGUUAGUCUCUGAGGGCAGGGGACGAGUCUUGGUCUCGGUUUUAGAUCAAAAACGGUUCUUUAAAAUGAUUUAUAGACUCUUAGCUGGUUUGUUAAAUCGAUAUUAGUUUUUGAACAUAAUUUAAACGUGUUAAUACAUCGAUAUUGAUGCAAUAAACAGCGCCGGCUUACUGACAUCUGUCAGCUGCGUUAGUUAGAGAGUUAGUUUUGGGGUCUUACGUUAGUAGCGUUAGCUGCGUUAACUGCGGUGGCGGUGCCAUGUCUCACAGUCUGUACAGUAAGCUCUGGAGCGGGGCUCAGGAGGAGCUGGGCAGCCUGCUGACCCAGGAACUGCCCGCCGAGCCUCUCCGACCCGAGAGAGACCGAGUGGUGUUCUUCCAGCGGCUCGCGACCCUUUACGUUCGCUACGUCCAGAUCUUCAGGCAGCUGGAGGAGGCGUAUGACCAGAUCGUCCAACCUCAAAAGAGGAUUCUGAUCCGACAGGUUCUGGACAACGUUAUUGGGCGCGUGCUGGAGCUCAAGAACGAGAUGGUGGAGAAGGAGUACUCUGAGUAUCACUACAUGGAUGAUGUCAUACAGGAUAUGAAACUAACACCUGAGGAUCUGGAAAUUCCAAUCCCACGGUAUUUCAUCAGCGAGCGGAGCAAAGUGCUGCGGGACCGGAGCAAAAUACUCUCCAGCAUUCUGGAGAAGCUAGAAGUGGUAGAGAAGCCUAAAACUGGUGCAGAGCGAACGCUGAGCAUGGAGAAGGCCAUUAGGAUCAUUCAGGUGACAGAGAGGGCGCGGCAGGGUCGUCUGAGGGCCAAGUUCAUGCGGGAGAUCCAGAGGGAUCAGGAAAGGCAGAAGAAGAGUUUGAACAGGGACCUCGGAGAAGCUGCUGCUGAACAGGCUGCUAUCUGCAUCCAGAAGGUGUGGAAAGGUUUUAUGCAGAGGAAGAGAACGAAGCAGGAAAGUGAAGAGGAGAUGAUUUUCCUGGGGAUGGCUCCAGACCACAGCCUGCCCCAGCCUUGCCCCGCCUCCGUGGUUGCUGAGGACACUAAAAACCGCAGGAGGAUCAGGCAGGAGGAGCAUGAAGAAGACUACCAGAAAUCCAUCAUCUCCAUCACUAACAGCCUGCGGGAGGUGGAGGGCCCCGACAUGAAGGAGAACAUGAAGGAUCAGAUACGGCAGUGGUUCAUCGAAUGCCAUGAUGCAACAGGUUCGUUUCCUGAUUAUCCAGAAGAAGAAGACGGCGGCUCUUCUCUCAUUUUUGCUGAUAAAACACCUGAACAGCUGAUGGAGGAGCUGGCAGCUAAAGAAGAGGAGGAAACCAGCAAAAGACCUAAGGGAAAGGAGGAGAAUAAAGACAGGAGGAAAGGACCAGGAGAAGAGGAGGAGGAGGAACCUGGACUGAUGAUGCUGCCUUCUGCCUUUCUGUCGCAGCUGCAGACUGGACAGAAAACCUUUACCGAUGUUUGGAAGAACAGAGAGGAGUCCAAGAACUUCAACCAGAGACACGAGGCAGAGCUCAUCAAAGAGGAGAAGAGGAAGGAGAUCGAGGCAGAAAUAAGACUUCAGGUGGAUGAGCUGAUGAGGCAGGAGCUUGCUAACUGGAAGUUGGCUGUAGACGGAGAUAAAGGCGGGAAGGCCAAAGCUGCUGCAAAGAAAAAGAAGGCAUCAAAAAGUGGGAAGAAGAAAAAAAAAGAGAAGGAUCUCACGGCAGAUAGGACCAUCGAGUCGCUGUACCAAGAACUGGUGGAGCAGGGGCUGUUAAAACCAGCAGAUAAUGUUAAAUUACAGGACUACAUAGGUGAUUAUAGCUACCUUGGCACCACCCUGCGGCUGACAGACAUUGAGCCCAUGCCCUCAUUAUCUGACGUGCGGCAAGUUAUAGCUCUUUAUGCUGUCUUACCUCUGGGUUCCCAAGUAGUCCAUGAGAAAGCCCCUCUGGUGAAGGCCAUCCUCCUGGUGGGUCCGUCAGGAGUGGGAAAGAAGAUGCUGGUCCAUGCGAUCUGUCAGGAGACAGGAGCCAACCUUUUUGAUCUGUCCUCAGCAAACUUGGUGGGGAAGUACCCGGGCAAGAACGGCCUGACAAUGAUGCUCCAUAUGGUAUUUAAGGUUGCCAGAUUGAUGCAGCCCUCAGUGGUGUGGAUCGGAGAUGCAGAAAAAAUGUUUUACAAGAAAGUUCCAAAAGAGGAAAAAGAGCUGGAUCCAAAGCGACUGAAGAAAGAUUUACCAAAAAUCCUCAAAGGCAUGAAAGGUGAAGACCGGGUUCUCAUCGUGGGAACAACAAACAGCCCCGUCAAUGCUGACUUAAAAUCACUGUGCAAGGUUUAUACCAAGAUCAUCCUCAUACCACGCCCAGACUACGCCUCCAGAUACGUUAUGUGGAAGCAGCUGAUACAGCGCAAUGGUGGAGUGGUGACCAGCACCCUGGACAUCAGCUCCCUGGCCAAGAUCUCAGAUGGCUACACCCAGGGUCACAUGGUGCAGGUGAUCCGGAGCGUCCUGACAGAGCGGCGCAUCCAGCUGUUGGCUAAACGGCCGCUGGUCGCGACUGAAUUCGUAUCUCCUCUGGCCAGAAUCGACCCCGUGUUCCAGGAUGAAGAGGAGGCUCUUAAAGCCUGGUAUGCUAAGACUCCUCUUGGUAAGAAGAGAAUCAAAGCCGCCUCAGGGACAGUGGAGGACGAAGCCCCAAAGAAAGGAGGGAAAAAUGGAAAGAAGAAAGGAAAGAAGUAACGCUGUGUUUCUGUGUUGAUUCAACCAAAGACAAGUUCUCGAUCUCUGGCUCUGGAAAAUAAACCUGUAACUUGA